UAUAUAUCUCCACCAGAGGGAGCUGCUUCUGCUCAAUCAAUGCGGUUCAUUUUAUAAGAAAUCGACACCCAGCCCCUCUACUCCACACCACACCAAGGUGUGAUCAUCACACACAUGAUAGGACCUCACGAUGCAGGAAUGGAUUUGGGCGUGCUUUCUGAUGGUCGCUUUGCAUUGUGGGACACUGGAGGGCAUGGACCAUUUUAAAGUAAGCUGCAACGAUGACGUCAUCCUGCCCUGCAGAGUAAGAGACCAAACUGAAAAGUAUCGCUACGUCGUCUGGUACAGAGACAACUCCGCCAUCAUUAAGCGUAAGAACAAUGACCUGACGCUGUUUAAUAACUCCACCGCCUCUCUGGGGGUGAAAGAGUCGCUGGUGCUGUGGCGGGUGAAGCCCUACGACUCUGGAAAAUACCAGUGUUUCCUGGCAGCGGAUAUCGGCGCUAAAGACGCGAAGUCUCAGGUCACGCUCACUGUGUCGGAAUGCAUGGUCCCAACCCCGCCCCCCACUGUGGACCCCUUAUCUAUGUGUCCGGUGAACAUACUGGAGAUCUCCUCUCUGUUGGCGCUCCUGCCGUUUUCUCUCUUCUGCCUGGUUAAAGUCGGUCUGUGCUUCAUCGCUUUACUCGUAUGCAAGAAAGUGAGAGGAAGACGAGGAAGUGGCAGUACGAGCCGACAACCCAGCCACAAAUAUACACAGCAAAUGAACCCCAGACCAAGCAAACGCAGAUAAUUAUAUAUAUUCCAUAUAUAUAUAUAUAUAUCUAUAUCCUAUAUGUAUAUUCUAUAUCAAUAUUCUAUAUAUACUAGUGCAUCUCAUAAAAUUAGAAUAUCAUUGAAAUGUCACUUUAUUUCAGUAAUUCAGCUUAAAAUUUUAAACUGGUACAUUAUAUAGAUGUAUUAAACACACAGAGUGAUCUAUUUUAAGCGUUUAUUUGUUUAUUGUUGAUUAUUGAUUUUGGCUUACAGCCAAUGAAAACCCAAAAAUCAGUGUUUCUGAAAAUUUGAAUAUUAUAUAAGACCAAUUGGUACUUCCUCUAAAGUCAGUGCAGUUUUGUUUCCCCUUACAGCAAAUCUUACAGCACUUCAUGCUUCCCUCUGCUGGAAAUGUUUAUGGAGAUGCGGAUUUCAUUUUCCAGCAGGACUUGUCACACUGCCCACACUGCCAAACGUACCAAUUUAUCAUAUAUAAUAUUCUAAUUUUCUCAGACACUGAUUUUUGGGAUUUUAUUGGCUGUAAUCUUCAUAAUCAUCAACAAUAAAAUAAAUAAACAUUUAAAAUAGAUCACCCUGUGUUUAAUACAUAUAUAUAAUAUAUAUGAGUUUCACAUUUUGAACAGAAUGACUAAAAUAAAGUAACUUUUCAAUGAUAUUCUAAUUUGUUAAGAAGCAUUAUUAUGUCUGCAUUUCCCCUUUUGUUCUGCGUUUCCCUGUUUUGGUUCCACUGUAAAAUAAAAGUGAAUUGUUUAUGAAUGGUUUAUAAAUAGUUUAUUAAUGUUUAUUAUACAUAAUGUAAAUGCUUUAAAGAUCAUUAACAACCAGUUAAACCAUUACUGUUCUAUCAAUUCAUGUCACACUCAUUAAAAUGUCAAUAAUAAAGGUAAAUAAUGCAGAUUUCAGUUUUGUUAAUUUAAUAUGUGAAUGUACAUCACAUUUUCAUUACUUAUUAAAAAAAUGAAUAUAUUCUCUGUAA